AAUCUCUGCACACAGACACACCCUGGCAAGCAGCAUAUUAGCUCUCCACCUCCUGAACUUCAGCAUCAGUGCAUUCAAGGCAAGUGAAGGAUCGGCACUUCUACAUCAACACCUUAAGGGAAAAAAUGGACCAUAAAGCAAAAGUUACUCUUUUGCUCUUGCUGCUUUCAGGCCUCUGCAAUGCUCACACUGGAGAUCACUCCAAGAAGGAGGAUAUUUCUACAACGAUCAUCAGAAUGAACAAUGGAACUUUGGUUCAACAACUGAUUGAAGGAGAUAUGCUUAUUCCAAAAACCAGGAAUGCUUUGAAGUGCCACAAUAAACAAUACAGCUGCUUCUGGCCAAAGUCUACCAACGGGAAUGUAGAAGUCCCUUUUGUUAUAAGUCCCAAGUAUGAUAAAGAUGAGAGGAAAACAAUUCUGACUGCCAUGAAAGGCUUUGAACCAAAGACCUGCAUUCGAUUUGUUCCUCGUACAAAUCAAAGGGCACACCUAAGCCUGGAACCAAAAUUUGGUUGCUUUUCUUCUCUGGGACGUGUCGGAGAGAAGCAACUCGUGUCUCUGCAAAGAUAUGGCUGUGUGGAAAAAGGGAUCGUCCAACAUGAGCUGCUGCAUGCUCUGGGUUUCUACCACGAACACAACCGCAGCGACCGUGACAAGUAUGUCAAGAUCCACUGGGACAAUAUGCCAGAUAUUGUUAAGGUCAACUUCAAAAAAAUGGAUACAGACAAUCUCAACACCAAAUAUGACUACUCAUCUGUGAUGCAAUAUGGAAAAACUGCCUUUGGAACGGAUGGAAAAGAAACCAUAACUCCCAUCCCCGAUCCCAAUGUUCCCAUCGGCCAAAGAGUGGGCAUGUCUGAUAUUGACAUUCUCAGAGUCAACAGGCUGUACAACUGUUCAAAAUACAAGCAAUAGAAGAUCAUGUUUGAAAUCUGAUUCAUACUAAAGUGACAGCAUCUUAGUAAAGUACUGGAACAUCCUG